AUGGCUUCACAAUCAGCCACAGAAUCGUACUCAAACCCUCUUAAGAAGUUCAAAUUGGUUUUCCUUGGAGAACAAAGUGUUGGAAAGACCUCCCUGAUCACCAGAUUCAUGUACGAUUCAUUCGACAAUAUGUAUCAGGCUACAAUUGGCAUCGACUUCCUGUCAAAAGUAGGAUCACAGCCUUCCUCCAAUAGACCGCCACGGUUACCGUUUAUUAUGGGAACAAUGUACCUUGAAGACCGAACGGUCCGUCUCCAGCUAUGGGAUACUGCCGGCCAAGAGCGAUUCCGCUCUUUAAUCCCCUCCUACAUCCGCGAUUCGAGCGUAGCAGUCGUCGUCUACGACAUCUCGAACGCCAAAUCAUUCCAAAACACACGCAAAUGGGUCGACGAUGUGCGCGGCGAACGGGGUAAUGACGUGAUCAUCGUACUUGUGGGGAACAAGACCGAUCUGAACGAUAGGCGAGAAGUAACGACAGCGCAGGGGGAGGAGGAGGCUAAGAAGCAUGGACUCAUGUUCAUCGAGACGAGCGCGAAGGUUGGGCACAAUGUCAAGCAGCUAUUUCGAAGGAUAGCUCAGGCUCUGCCGGGCAUGGACGAUGAGUCGGGGAGAGCCUGUGAGCAACGAUGGGAUGCGCAUGCUAAGAGGAAAUUCCUGGUCGACUCCAUGUUAAGGAUCUGCGCCUUUUCAAUUCUAUGA